GAAAGGGGCGGGGCGGAGCGGGGGAGGCGGCGAGGAGGGGGUUACGCCGGCGACGUCGGCAGCGCGAGGCUUCGCGCGUGAGCUGCGCGGGCGCUGGGCCUGGCUACCGAGCUUUCCUGGCGAGCGAGUAGGUCGUCGACGCCGGCUCCUAGGGGAGCGCGAGGGAGGAGGGAAGUGUUGGUGUAAGCGGCGUUGUCGACAGCCAUCCCGGGCAUGGAAGAAACGCAGCCGCUUUCGCAGUCCGAGCUGCCACUGUGCGACAGCCUCAUCAUCUGGCUACAGACAUUCAAUACUACUGCGCCUUGUCAGGAUGUCAAACAGCUGACUAAUGGAGUUGCCAUGGCACAAGUUCUUCAUCAAAUCGAUAUGGCUUGGUUCAAUGAAUCUUGGUUAAGCCGAAUUAAAGAGGAUAUUGGUGACAACUGGAGAAUAAAGGCUAGUAAUUUAAAGAAGGUGCUUCAAGGAAUUAUGAGUUAUUAUAAUGAGUUUUUGGGGCAACAGAUUUCUGAAGAACUUAUCCCUGAUUUAAACCAGAUAACUGAAUGUUCAGAUUCUGUGGAGCUUGGGAGGUUGCUCCAGCUUAUUUUAGGUUGUGCUGUCAACUGUGAAAAGAAGCAAGAACAUAUUCAAAAUAUUAUGACACUGGAAGAAUCUGUUCAACAUGUGGUCAUGACUGCUAUUCAAGAGUUGAUGAGUAAAGAAAUUUUGAGCUCUCCUACAAAUGAUGCUGUUGGAGAAUUGGAACAACAGCUUAAAAGGGCUCUAGAAGAACUACAGGAAGCACAAGCAGAAAAAGAAGAACUUAGGCAGCGAUGUCAAGAAUUAGAUAUGCAGGUGACAGCACUUCAAGAUGAAAAGAAUUCACUAGUUUCUGAGAAUGAGAUGAUGAAUGAAAAACUUGACCUGGAUGGAUCUUUUAAUGAUCCAAAUACAGUGGUUGCAAAAAAGUUUCAUGCACAGUUACAACUAGAACUACAAGAAGAAAACUUCAGGCUUGAAGCUGCAAAAGAUGAUUACCGUGUUCACUGUGAAGAACUUGAAAAGCAAUUAAUUGAAUUUCAGCAUAGGAAUGAUGAAUUGACUAGCCUUGCUGAGGAAACAAGAGCCCUGAAAGAUGAAAUAGAUGUUCUUAGGUAUGGCUUGUCUAAAUAUAAUUAUGUCACUUCUGACAAAUAACUGGAGUCAACAGUUGAGAUAUAUCGUCAACUACAAGAUCUGAAUGUUCGCAAGCAGGUGAAAACUUUACAGGAAACAAACAUGAUGUAUAUGCAUAAUCAGUCACUUAGAAGAAUUGAAGAAGGCAAUGCAGCUACGCAAUUAGAAACAUACAAGAACAGGGUUCAGGAUCUUCAUGUUAAACUUUCCUCUGAAUCCAAAACAGACACAUUAGCAUUUGAAAUGAAGCGACUUGAAGAAAAACAUGAAGCUUUACUUAAGGAAAAAGAGAGAUUAAUAGAACAGCGUGAUACUCUGAAAGAAACGAAUGAAGAGCUUCGAUGUUCACAAGUACAACAGGAUCAUCUAAACCAAACAGAUACAUCUGCUACAAAAAGUUAUGAGAAUCUUGCUGCUGAGAUUAUGCCAGUGGAAUAUAGGGAGGUGUUUAUUCGACUGCAACAUGAAAAUAAGAUGCUUCGAUUACAGCAAGAAGGUACUGAGAAUGAACGUAUUGAAGAACUUCAGGAGCAGCUAGAUCAGAAACACCGCAAGAUGAAUGAACUGGAAACUGAGCAGAGGCUCAGCAAAGAACGAAUCCGAGAAUUACAGCAGCAGAUGAGGACCUCCGAAGUCUUUACAGGAACAGGCUCCAAGUCUGAAGGAGAAAGUUCCAGCAAACUAAAGCAGAAGUUGGAAGCUCAUAUGUAAGAAAAACUAACAGAGGUCCAGGAAGAAUUACAAAAACAGGAGCUCAUUGAAGACCUCCAGCCAGAUGUAAACCAGAAUGUGCAAAAGAUCAGUGAACUUGAAGCUGCUCUUCAGAAGAAAGAUGAAGAUAUGAAAGCAAUGGAGGAAAGAUACAAAAUGUACUUAGAGAAGCAAGAAAUAUUAGAUUGUAAUAAAACAUUAGAUCCCAAAUUAAAUCCAGCAUCAGCUGAAAUAAUGCUACUUAGAAAGCAGUUGGCAGAGAAAGAGAGAAGAAUCGAGAUUCUAGAGAGUGAAUGUAAAGUAGCAAAAUUCCGUGAUUAUGAAGAAAAACUCAUUGUUUCUGCCUGGUAUAAUAAGAGUCUAGCAUUCCAGAAGCUGGGGAUGGAAUCUAGACUUGUGAGCGGCAGUGGUACUUGCAGAGACACAGGCGCCUGUGCCCCCGCCCGGUCUUUCCUAGCACAACAGCGGCACAUCACCAGCACCAGAAGGAAUCUCUCUGUUAAAGUUCCUGCUACAACAGCUGAUUAAACUGCAAAAGUAAACAUAAACAGAAGUGCCCUUAAAAUACUUUGUAUCUUUCAACUAACUACUAGGUUGGAAAAGAAGUUUAUGAUAUUGGAUAUCAGCUAUUUUAAAAUCAAAAGGCAUAAAAUUAAUUUUGCCAGCUGAUUUUGCAAGUAGAAUAUGGGAUUAGCUAUUUCUCUUGGGGGGGUAUAUGUAAAUGACUGGAAGAUAAAAUAAGGCAAACAUCUCAAACAUUUGUCUUUUGAGAGUAUUAUAAAAUUAUUUCAGAAAGACUUUGUAUAUUUUAAUGUUUUCAGUUGUCCUAGUAAUUAGGUUAAUUUGCAAUGUGUAAUCCAUAACAUGUAAUCUAAAAAUACGUCUCUAUUUAUUUUAUUGUUUUGGUCCAUAUAAAAAAUUGUCAUGAGGUGGGCAUGUGGAGAACCAUACAUUGAGUUAUAUUUUUUGACUUAUAUAAUACAAGGUGUUAACUCUAUCUCCUCAUUCUGUAAUUGAAUGGGUAUAUUUUAUCAUGCGAUGAAAGAUAUAUAUUUGGAAGAUAUGACUAUUGAAAUGACUUGUCCAUAGUAAAAGUCACUAAUGAAAAUUUUGCAGAUUUCGAAGAUGUCAUAAUUUUCGUACAUACCUACUAUAAACAAAGGCUUCUACACAGCAUGGUUGAAAUGUUAAGGGCAUAGAAACUAACUGACUUUCUGAAGAGGUGACUUGCUGAUGGGAGGCAGCUAAAAAAUACAUACUUUGUAUGAAAUGCCCACAUACUUUUAGUGUAAUUAUUGAAGAUUACGAUUACUAUUGCUUUUAAGCAUAAAAUUAUCAGGACUUCUACUAAAAGAAAGAUGUGUUAGUAGUUUUGUGUCUUCACUAAAAAGAAGGAGAGGGACAGUUUCAAAUCAGUUUUGUUUUGUUUAGUAAUUAAGUAAUCUGUCUUGGGCUGAAUUGAUGGAAUUUAGUUCAUUUCUCCCCAAGGUCUUUUUUUCAGAAAUGUUACUUUAUUAUUUCUGGUCAUUUCUAAGAAUUACAUGUUGGAAUUUUAAUUUAGUUAAAAUCUCUGCUGUCCAGUGAUGUAGCCAAAAGUCACAUGAGGCAAUUUAAUUUAAGUUAGAAAGUCAAGUCCUUGGUUUUACUAGCCACAUUUCAAAUCCUCAGUAGCCACAUGUGGCUAGUGGCUACAGUAUUAGAGAAUGCAAACAUAAAAUACUUGGGUCAUUGCAGAAAUUGCCAUUGGACAGUGCUGUACCGAUCUUUUUGUAAUAACUUGGAAAUGUUCUUUGAUGUUAGGCUACAAAAAUGAUACUGUUAGGAUGAUUUAGAUAUAAAAAGAAAUUGAAUUGUGAUAAAACUAGCAUCUUACAUUCCUUCUAGUUGAAUACCUUAUAUUGUGACAUUCAUAGUUUUCUCUCUCCAUUGCUUUCCGAUAAAUACAUACCUAUCAACAUGUCUCCACCAGGGCUCAACAAACUCUGUAAAGAGACAGAUGGUCAAUAUUUUAGUAAAUAUUUUAAGUCUUGUGGGCCAUAUGAUCUAUCACAAGUACUCAACUUGGCGGUAAAUAUAAAAGCAGCAGCCAUACACAAUAUGUAAAUAAAGUGGGUGUGGUUGUAUUUCAAUAAAACUUUAUUUGCAGAAACUGGCAGUAGGUCACAUUAGGCCUGCUGGCUAUAGACCUCUGUUCUAGAUUUUACUCUUAGCCUUUUUUUGCAAAUGAGUAUUGUUCCAUUUACAGUAUUAUUCAUUUGGAUACUUGGUUUUUUGAUUCUGUACCAGUAAAUGUUUUCUAAUCACUGAGAAAUUUAAGAACUGGGCCCUGUAUUUGGGUCUCUGAGAUUAGGGAGCAUCUGUCAGGAUACUUUGUUUUAUCAGGGUUACUUCUUUUUACUACCUCUUAGAUUUUGGUGUUCUUUACUGGUGCAAUAUUGUAGUCUUUGCUUGCCUGUGAUUUUUAGUAAAAUAAACUAAGCCUUUGAAAUAUUAUAGCAUGAUAAGUAAAAAUUUCUAAAUAUUAUGGCAUUUUAGUAUGUUUUGGUCAAUGUAAGACAUCUCUUUGGUGUUUACUACUUGCUUAUAAUCAAGAUUUCCCAAGCUCUUCAAGCUCCCUUUUAAUGAAAUUUAUUGUAAACCAUCAAUUUCAAUAAAUUAGUAUUUUCACAGUUCAAUUGCUCAUAAAUUUUCAAUUAUUAUACUUGGAAUUUCUAAAUAAUUCAUGUAAUUUCUGAAUAAGGAUUUAAGGCUAGAUUCUUUUUCCUAAAUAAAGAAGCAACUUUUGUGAUUUAUCACUUUUCUAGUUAAUAGAAUUUAAAAUGCUCAAUAUUUAUUUAUACUAAAUAAAUUACUAAUGUAAUUUAAAAUUCUUUAUUAUUGUGAUUAACAUAUGGAAAUUCAGGAACUGAUCAGAAGUGAGAUUGUUUUCCACAUCUGGUUAAUAUAGUGAGAUUUGACACCCUGUGGGUGGUAAAACAUUAUAAAUACUCAUCUUGAAACAUAGCUUGUAUGUAUCUGUGUUGUGAAGCUUAAGUGCAAAUACCAGGGAAAAGAAAUGCAGCAUCUAUUUGAUAAGGAAUUGAAUGUCCCAGUGACUAUAAAGUAAAGCCACAGACCAAUUUGGGAAAGGUCUUUAAAUUUUGAGCCUUUGCUCCAAGAUUAAUAUUCCUUUCCUUUUUUAAAAUAAAAAGUGUUUGUACACAUGGUAGUGAUGUUCAUCCUCAGUUUAACUUAAUGGAUUGAGAAACAGUUGAAGUUCAUUCUAUUUUUCAGUGAAUAAGGCUGUUGAACCAAUGAUUUAAUAUUAAAUUUAGGUUUAAUUUCUUGUUUAGAAACAUUAAAUCAAAUAUCCCUUCUUAAGAUAGCAUCGUCUUUGAUAACUGGAGUGCUAAUUUGAAUGUCAAAUAAUGCUUCUACAUCUACUUCUGUUUCUCUACGGUGGCACAUGUAGCCCUAUGGGGUGGCUUUUAGGUCACGAUAUUGUGUUGGGUUCUCUAUAUAUGUAUAUUUAAUGAAAAACAUUUCUAUGUAAAAAUAUGUCACAUGGUUGUUUGCAUACAUUCUUAUUGUGAACCUAUACAUUGCGAAAAAGUAGUUUGGAAAUUUGUAAAGCACAACCAUAAAAGAAAAUAGUGUUCAGUUAUUAAACUUGAUGUAGCUUAAAUAUAAUUUUUAGUUUAUAAAAGGUUCUUUCUAUUUUCUAUGGCAAAGACUUUGACACGAAAAAUAGAAGCAAUACUUGAUUUAUUUUUGUAAGUAUUUAGGGUAUUAUUUUAAAUAAAUGAUUGUCUCGUGACAAUACAAUAUUUGUCAAAUGUUUUAAGUAAAUAAACUUUCUGAUUCUGUGUCUG